CAUUUAAAUUGGGGAGGGAGUACAUAAUAUUUAAGAUUUCUAGGUUAAUAAAUAUCUGGCUUUUAUAGCAUCUUAGCUUUUCUUUUUAAAAAAAAAAAAAAAAAAAAUCUAUCUAAACCUUAAAACAAAGAACUCAUUUUCCAGAACUUUAUCAAGCAUCACUUUAUAUCAUCUCUCUCUCUCUCUCGUACUGUGUAGGCAUCUGACAAAUUUAAGAAGAAGAGAAAGGAAAUAUUUCUACAUUCAUUCCUCCAGUGGGUACCAGUUGACCAGACUGCAGAGACCAUUAAAUAUUCCAGUGUAAAAAACUCCAUAAACUUGAAGCCCACAUGUUGUACAAAAACAUGCAAUUGAUGAAAUAAUACAUCUAUUAAGUACAGUAUUCAUCAUCAUCAGAAGAAGAAAUUAUGUUCGUAUAUAUAUGAUCAAAGAAAGAUCAUUGGAAUAAAGACUAGCUAUGGAAGGAAAUCAUCAAGAAAGAGUAUUAAACAAUAAUUAUGAUCUACAUGAAGUCUCCUUUUCAACUGCCAAUAAUAUUCAUGAAAUGGGAUUUGUACACUUUGACGAUCAUCAAAACCAAGUUAUGAGCUUUUUGUCCCCUCUCUCACAAUCUUCUCAAAUUCCUCUCACCGCCGCGACACAAACCCUAGCUGCUGCCACCAAUAAUGAUAGCAGUUCCAUAGGGUUUAACCAUAUUGACCUCGUCAAUAGAUCUUCUUGGAACGACGAUCAGGUGGAAUCACUGGAUCCCAAGGCUGUUAAUGACGAAAAUUGCAGCGGAAAUGCUAGCGAGGGUAACAAUUCGUGGUGGAGGAGUGAGAAAGGGAAAGUGAAGGUGAGAAGAAAGCUUAGAGAGCCAAGAUUUUGUUUCCAAACAAGGACUGAUAUUGAUGUUCUUGAUGAUGGUUACAAAUGGAGGAAGUAUGGUCAAAAAGUUGUCAAGAACAGCCUUCAUCCAAGGAGUUAUUACCGAUGUACACAUAGCAAUUGUCGAGUAAAGAAGAGAGUUGAAAGACUUUCAGAAGAUUGUCGUAUGGUAAUAACAACCUAUGAAGUGUGCCAUUGACAGUGAAGAAGAGUCGCUGCCUUCUGCUUGGCAAGGUGUUGGAUUACGUGCAGGUCUUUGACAGGGAAAUGGUUCUUGACAGAGCAGAAAUUGGAGAGGAUCUGACCUUUGACCAAGAUUAAAACACUUAGGUUAACUAAAUAAAUCAGGACCAUUCAUUUGGUAUGAGGACACGUGUAAUAGUUUGAAGCCCCAAUGAGGGAAAUGGACAGGAGCUGGCUCCGUGAGCAGACAUAUAGUGAUUUUCUUUCUUUGGUGAUUUUUCUUUUGAUCACAUGAAGUGGUAUUUGGUUUGUGCAAGUAUUUGGAUUAUAGUGUUAAAAUUUCUAUUCCAUAACAUAUAGAGGGGCUGCGUUAUC